UCACAAAAGGAUCCGGUGAGGAUCCGAAUUCGGCACAAAAAACCCUCUCUUGCAGAAAUAGAGAGUCGGAGUCUACUUGCCUUGAACAAAAAGAAAACCCUCUAUAAAAUUCCCCAGAAGUUCACUGAGAGAGAAAGGCACUGUGAUUUCUGCUUUAGAGAGAGAAACAAGAAACCCAGAAGUUCAGCGAAAGAGAGGCACUGUGAUUUCUGCUUAGGGAGAGAAACAAGAAACGACGCCGUAAAGAUGUUCAGGAACCAAUACGACACCGACGUGACGACAUGGAGCCCCGCCGGGCGGCUCUUCCAGGUGGAGUACGCCAUGGAGGCAGUCAAGCAAGGGUCCGCCGCCAUUGGGCUCCGAUCCAAAACUCACGUGGUUUUGGCGUGCGUCAACAAGGCCAACUCCGAGCUUUCUUCUCACCAGAAGAAGAUCUUCAAGGUCGACGACCAUAUCGGCGUCGCCAUUGCCGGGCUCACAGCCGACGGCCGGGUGCUCUCCCGGUACAUGCGGUCGGAAGCCAUAAAUUACAACUACACGUACGAGUCGCAGCUCCCCGUAGGACGACUCGUCGUUCAGCUCGCCGAUAAGGCUCAGGUCUGUACCCAGCGCUCAUGGAAGCGACCGUAUGGUGUUGGACUAUUAGUAGGUGGGUUGGAUGAGUCUGGAGCACACCUAUAUUACAACUGCCCAAGUGGGAACUACUUUGAAUACCAGGCAUUUGCAAUAGGGUCUCGCUCACAAGCUGCAAAGACAUACUUGGAACGCAGGUUUGAGAACUUCACAGGCUCUUCAAGGGAGGAUCUGAUCAAGGAUGCCCUCAUUGCAACUAGGGAAACCUUGCAGGGAGAAAAACUGAGAAGUUCCAUAUGCACAAUUGCUGUGGUAGGAGUUGGGGAGUCAUUCCAUAUAUUGGAUCAAGACACCGUCCAGAAGUUGAUCGAUGAAUUUGAGAUCGUGCAGGAUGAGGCUCCUGCUGCUGAACCUGAAGCUGGUGCUGAGCCUGCUGCAGCUGCAGAAGAGGGUGCUGGUGCUGGCGCUGACCAGGGUGCUGCUCCCGAACCAGAUGUAGCUCCGAUGGAUAUUUGAGGAUGAUACUUACAGCUGCCUUUUCGUCCUUUCAACGAGGUUUUCUAGCAUUAUGUGUUUUUUUAAGAGUAUGGAUGGUAUUUGUGGAAGAUAACAAUCUGUCGUUGAACAUUCGCCCUUAUCUUUUUCUUCUCUCUUACAAACAUUUUGAAGGUGGCUUCUGCUUA